AUGUCUUCCGAUGAGCAAGAUGCCUUGGAUGCCCUGGAAAGGGAAGCGUCCGACUUUGUCAAGGACGCCGAGAUUGAUCGCAUUAAGAAGGCAUUUGCACUAGACGCAUACGCCGUCCUCGAUCUCCAGCCAGGAGUUACUGAAUCCGAUAUCAAAGUACAAUAUCGCAAAAAGUCUCUACUUAUCCAUCCUGAUAAGACAAAGAAUCCAGCUGCGCCAGAUGCGUUCGAUCGUCUUAAAAAAGCCCACUCUACACUAAUGGAGGAGAAGUCGCGCACGUACCUCGAUGAAUGUAUCGCAGAUGCGCGACGGCUGUUGAUUCGUGAACACAAGUACACAUUGGAUUCGCCUGAAUUAAAGACAGAAGAGUUCAAGAAGGAAUGGCGUCAGAAGACAGUGCAUGUGUUGCUAGAAGAGGAGGCGCGCCGGCGAAGACAAGCCAAGGCUAAGUUACAAGAGGAAGGCCGUGAGAGGCGGAAAGAAGAGGAGGAAAUUGAAGAACGAAAGCGGAAGCGAGACCAGGACAAGGCAUGGGAGGACAGUCGUGACGAGCGUAUCAGCAGCUGGCGAGAUUGGCAGAAAGGAAAGAAGAGUGAAGGAGACAAGAAGAAGAAGAAGAAAUUGAAAGUCCUGGGCUGA